GUAGGGGCGCCAUUGAACAGAAUAGUUUGGAUCUUCUGGAGUUAAUUUCAUUCUCGAAUUUUCUGUUUUGAUCUGGUUUGCAUGAAGGUACAUCAUGGCAGCGUUCUUGUGGAAACAAUAUUAUUGUGCAAAAAGUUUUUUAAUAAGAACACGGAAAGAAUUAACGGAAAAUUCCGUGAGAUUUUUACUCAAAUUUUGGCAAUUGUUUUAUGUUGUUAGAGGUCCUAAAUUUUUUUUAAAUUUAUUGAUACCAUAUAUUGUUUUGGCCCUCACAGAUGUAUUAAUUAAAUGAAGUAAAAAGACUGCAGAAAAUAAUGCAUCGACUACGAGUGUGCUGCCAGAAUCUGCGGACGUUGUUAUCAUUGGCGGCGGAAGCGUAGGAUGCAGUACGGCGUAUCAUCUGGCCAAACUCGACAUUGGAAAAGUUGUUCUUAUUGAAAAAGAUAAACUUACUUCAGGGACGACUUGGCAUAGUGCAGGUAUACUAUGGAAUCUACGGGGACAUCGGUCGUUAACUCAAAUGCAAAUACAUACCCAACAAUUACUGAGCCGCAUUCUUCCUGAAGAGACUGGGUUCGAUUCUGGAUGGAUAAAGACCGGCUCGAUAUAUUUGACCAGAAGAGAAACACAAAUGGAUGCAUUAGAAAAAUUGAGUUUGAUGGGUUCAGAACUUGGAGUUGAAUUACGUAUGAUUGAUACAGAUGAAAUAUCCAAGUUACAUCCACUCAUUGACACUGGAGGAAUACUGGGUGGAUUGUACUCACCGGAUGACGGAUCGCUUGAUCCAGCAACAUUGUGUACAUCAUACAUCAAGGCUGCAACAAAAUAUAAAGCACAGGUUAUAGAGAAGUGCGAAGUAAAAUAUAUCAAAACAGAUGGUGAUAUACCGGGAAAGAAAACGAUUGUUUCCAUAGAAACGAACCUAGGCAGCAUCAGGACAAAUAAAGUAAUUAAUUGCACUGGUGCUUGGGCUCCGUAUAUCGCAAAGAUGGUGGGUAUGCAACUUCCGCAGCUGACUUACAAGAUAGCGUACGUUGUAACGCAAGGCAUUCCGGGUAUUGAAAAUGUUCCGCAUCUUCGGGACCUAGAUAAGGGAGUUUAUCACAAGCGACAAGGAGAUGCUUUACUAUUCGGAGGAUAUGAGAAAAAUUUGAAACUUGUUGGAUUGGUAGAAAAAGAUUUUUCAUUUGGUUUAUACGACAUGGACUGGAAUCGAUUCGAACCUCAUAUCAAAUCGGCAACGGAUCUCGUUCCUGCUGUCGCAAAAGUUGGAAUCAGAUCUACUGUAUGUGGACCAGAAUCAUUUACACCUGAUGGAAAUCCUCUCAUUGGGGAAUCUCAAUAUGUCAAGGGAUUUUUCAAUGCGAGUGCUUUUAACAGCGGUGGAAUGAUGUUGGGAGGAGGAGCAGGAAAGCAGAUUGCCCGCUGGGUGGCGUAUGGUAAACCAGAAAUUGAUUUAGGAGUUUGUGAUCUGAAUCGAUUUUCGUCUACUUACAAUGAGGCAUGGUUGAAAGAAAGUUGCCACGAACAUGUUUCAACAAGAUAUGAACCAAAACAUCAUAAUCAGAAGCCAUUAGCCGGCAGAAAUCUCAGAACAACUCCAUUAUCUAAGAUUCACCUCAGAAAAGGGGCGUAUUUCACGUGUAUUCAUGGCUGGGAAGUGCCAGAGUUUUUUAUGCCUGGCCAGACCCUACCUUUACUCAACUACGAUUAUUCCGGCUGUUACGGAUACAAAAAGAAUGUGGAUUACAAAUACAGAGAAAUAAUGGAUAGAGAUGGAAGUCACUUGCCAGAUGUGGACAUACAUAAAAAGGUUGGAAUCGAAGUAGAAGCAAUUUCAAACUCUGCAGCCAUUGUCGAUUUAUCUCAUUUGAGUCAGUUUGAAAUUUCUGGAUCAGAAUCUGAUAAAAUAGCAAAGCAACUUUUCACUUGUGAUGUCACAAACUUGUUGAAUAAUCAUCAAACUGAAACGCUAAUGCUAAACGAAGAAGGAAAAAUAUUAAGUUACGUCACUGUUAAUAAGCAUGAAAAUAAGUAUCGAAUCACUGCUCCUUCGCAACAACAAGAAUUUAUUCUUCAUCACAUCAACCAGUUGGUACAAUACAAUAUUUACAAUUGCUCUGUCGAAGAUAUCACAGGAAGAUUUGCUCUUUUGACCUUAUGGGGGCCUGAAAGGUGGUAACGAAAUAUUGUAGGCCGUUAAAGUUGUUAAAAUGUCGUGAAUAUUUUGUAUCAAAGAUUAGAUCUUCAUAGGAAAUAUGCAGAUGACGCUUUAAAAUAAAUUAGUCUAAAUUAUGUUUAUUUUAGUAUUAUGGGGUAACUGUUUGAAUCAUUACAUCGCCGAUAUUGGUUGAAAUCGACUUCUGGAGUUCAUAUCACUGGCAACUGUUAUGAAAUGAAAAACAUGGACUCUAUUCAUUAUUUCAUUCUAUUUUCAUUCUUAUCAUGGAAUCAUGCUCAAAUUUUUUUAACAUAUUUAAAUAUAGAAAAUGAAACAAUACAUGUCACAUUGAAAUUUAUACAUUUUCAUCAAUGCACCCCUGGUGCAGCUAUACCAGAACCAAACAAUUGCUUACGGCUUGUAUUUAGGUACAAAUCAUUCAUGAUGGAUAUAUUUAUUUAUUUUUUUAGCACAAAACUCCUACAUCGCGUCACUGACGAUUGGAAAGACUUGCAACCUGGUCAAUGUAUAAACUGUGAAAUGAAUAAUACAAAAGUACUAAUAUGCAGAACAAAAAACACGUCUUCUUUGAUAUGUUAUCAAAUCCAAUGUAACAUGAAAGAUGCUGUUUCCAUCUUUAAUUCCUUGACAUCUUCAAGCAUUCGACCAAUUCCUACUGGAUUAAGAUCUCUGAAGUCUGUUUCGAAUCAUUCAGAUUUUUCAAAUCUUCUCAACGUUAGUCUGUUGGAUUUCAUCCCAUAUGAGGUCGGAUUAUCACACUUAUGUGCAACUGGUGACGACAGAGAGUUCAUUGGAAAAAACUCACUGAUGGAAAAAGAGAACCAGCAUUUGAAUCCAAAAGUUUUUAACUUGACGGCAGUUUCAGGGGGAACACUAUUUCCGGGUGACGUGAUAUGGAAAAAUAACGUCUACGUUGGAACCAUCAUAGAUUGCGUUUAUGA